AUGUUCAAGCACUCCAUCACCAUUCUGGCUCUGGUCACCCUGGUCGCUGUCAAUGCACAGCCCCUUGUUCCCCGUGGCGAGACUUACCCCUCAGACAUUGGAAUCAUCCUCAACAACGUUGUCGGCGCUUUUGACCUUAAUGAGUCCAGCACUAACCCAAUUGUCACCCAGAUAGGUGCUGCCGCGACCAAGCUCAUGUCCGCUUACGGCCAGGACAACCAGGAGGAGGUCGACGAGAAGGUCAUGUCCUCGCUGCUGGCGUCGCUGGAUGCUGAAACUGACCCCAAGGUUGCGUCUCAAUUGGUCGCGAGAAUCGCCGUAUUCCUUGAUGCUACUGAGGGAUUCCCCACAGAGAUUGUAGACAAGUACAGCUCGCUUGCUUUGGCUCUGCAAAAGCCCACGGUUGCCACCGAGAUCACUGCUAUUGUCAAUGAGCUAAUUGGUUUUGUUGCCGGUGUGCGCAGCGCUAUGGUAGAAAAGUUUGGAGACACCCCGAAUGACACUGAGGUUAUUGAAAAUGGAGAGUCCAUCGAGACUGAGACUGAGACUGAAGUUGAGUCCAAGGUUGAGUUGGAUGAGGGUGAGCUGUCGGAGGAUAGUGAGGAGACCUCGGACAACCACCCCACGUCUUUCGGUAGCAAAUCCAAUUCCUCGGAGAGCUCGAGCUCGAGCGCAGCAAGCACCAGCUGCAUUGCCUCUGGUCUUCUGUCCGUGGGCGUUGUUGCUGGCAUGAUCACUGCUCUUUUCUAA